ACGUUCAGCAUCAAUGUCUUUCGUUCUAGUGCCUAUCAAAUUUUUCUCUGUAGUAUAUGCAUCUCAGUGUCUUCUUUUAUUAUCAUUAUAGCAAAGAACGGAGGAGGCGGCAAUGCUGAAACCACAGAGAACGCUGCGGGCGCCACGGGAGGGGUGGGGAGAGGCAGGGGCAACCCGGGGGCCAUCCCCAACGGAAGGUUACCCACGGGAUGCGGCGGCAUGCCCAGAUUUCCCAUGAACCAUGCGGGCCCGAGAGGCAUGAUGGGAGCUAUGGGGGCCAUGGGGGGUAUGCCGGGAUUCGGGGGAAUGGGUAUGCCGUACCAGAGGAUGGGAAUGUACUCCCCCAACGUGAGGUACGUUCCCGUGAGGCAGUACAUGAACCCCUACGACGGAGUGAUCCUCACACCGCCCAUGGCGCCCCCUAGGUUCAGAAGAGUGCAGUACACCCCGCAGCCCGGAACCAAACUCAUGGCGGUGCCGACAGCAAAAACUGUGGGAAGUUACUCGCAAUCAAGACGUUCAUCGAUUGGCCGCCAGUCGUCACGUGGUCCCACCACCGUUCUCGUUCCCGAGGGUUACCAGCUGGUGCAGGUGCAUGUGGACGGAGGGGAGGACGGCGAGUCCGUCCAGGAGACGUCCUUCAUGGACGGGCAGUACAUGGACGACGAGCUGGGCGCUCACGGGGGGAUGGACGUAUGAGACCGGCUGGAGCAACGGGCCUGUUUUGUUUGAAAUGUUGAUUUGCGAAGCAAUAAUAAAAAGGUUCAUAGUUCAAAAUUCGCAUGCACAGUGAAAUGCAAUAUACCAAAGUUGGAUGACCUUCAUAAAAUUACGUCUAGACAUCCAAAUUUCCGAUGGCUAUCAGUCCAUCUUGAUCACGGAGUGACCUAGUCUCGCGAGAGUUGCGAGAACUAGGUCGAGACUUGCAUGAAUCUUCUGCCCCUCACCCCGCCUCCUUGCGGAGUAGGGGUAAGUAGGACUUGGGCAGCUCCCAGCCAUCAUUGCGGUUCAGUCUCGCACCUUUCAACUAGCUGGAUGUG